AUGGCCGAGGUGCUCCCGGCCAACAAAACGGCCAAAGUCCAAGAGCUCCAGGCCCAAGGUCGCAUCGUGGCCAUGGUGGGCGACGGUAUCAACGACGCGCCCGCGCUGGCGCAAGCCGACCUCGGAGUCGCGAUCGGCGCUGGCACCGACAUUGCGAUCGAGACAGCGCAGAUGGUGCUCAUGAAGUCCAAACUGCACGACGUCGUGACGGCGCUGGACCUCUCGCGGACCAUCUACCGGCGCAUCCAGCUCAACUUUGUGUGGGCGAUGGGGUACAACUUGGUGUUGCUGCCCUUGUCGGCGGGUGUUCUGUACCACUGGAACGUCUCGAUCCCGCCCAUGUUUGCGGGCGCGGCCAUGGCGUUCUCGUCCGUCUCGGUCGUCACGUCGUCGCUGCUGCUCAAGUGGUACACGCCGCCGACGCGACGCUAUGCAUCCCGAGGCCAAGUGGGCCCCGAGGGCAAGAGCACAAUGCUCCUCGGUCCUACGAGUGCAUCGAUUCAACCACAGGAAGGCCCGAAGAUCAUUUUGGCAAGCGAGACGCGUCGGAUAGAGCGCGUGGUCAAGCUCAAGGGUCCGCCGUGGCCAACCCCGCAGCCGGUGUAG